AUGACCAUGGCGAUGUCGGACAGCGGGGCGAGUCGCCUGCGGCGGCAGCUGGAGUCGAGCGGCUUCGAGGCGAGGCUGUACGUGAAGCAACUGUCGCAGCAGUCGGACGGAGACCGGGAUUUGCAGGAACACCGGCAGCGGAUCCAGGCACUGGCCGAGGAGACUGCACAGAACCUGAAGCGGAACGUGUACCAGAAUUACCGGCAGUUCAUCGAGACCGCGCGCGAGAUCUCCUACCUGGAGAGUGAGAUGUACCAGCUUAGCCACCUCCUCACCGAACAGAAGAGCAGCCUUGAGAGUAUCCCGCUCACUCUGCUCCCCGCCGCCGCCGCUGCUGCCGCGGGCGCCGCCGCAGCCGCCGGGGCCGAGGAGGGUGGCGGCGGCUGCCCGGGAGGCCGAGACCACCUUCGAGGCCCGGCCGGCUUCUUCCCAGGCCACGGGGGCGCUGCCCGGGACAACCAGAGUGCGGGGGAAGAAGGCAAGCAGCGGACACUGACCACCUUGCUGGAGAAAGUGGAAGGCUGCAGGCACCUGCUGGAGACUCCUGGGCAGUACCUGGUCUACAACGGAGACCUGGUAGAGUAUGAGGCGGACCACAUGGCUCAGUUGCAACGGGUGCACGGUUUUCUCAUGAACGACUGUCUGCUGGUGGCCACCUGGCUGCCCCAGCGAAGAGGGAUGUACCGCUACAAUGCCCUCUAUCCCCUGGACAGAUUGGCAGUGGUGAAUGUCAAGGAUAACCCUCCCAUGAAGGACAUGUUCAAGCUGCUGAUGUUCCCCGAGAGCCGAAUCUUUCAGGCAGAGAAUGCCAAGAUCAAAAGGGAGUGGCUGGAAGUGCUUGAAGAAACCAAAAGGGCUCUCAGUGAAAAAAGACGCAGGGAGCAGGAGGAGGCUGCAGCUCCACGUGGUCCACCCCAUGCUUCUUCCCAGACCACAAAUCCAUUUGAGGAUGAAGAAGAAGAGGAAGAACCUACUACUCCUGAGGUUGAGGAAAAAGUGGAUUUAUCAAUGGAAUGGAUCCAGGAGUUGCCCGAGGACCUGGAUGUCUGUAUUGCUCAGAGGGACUUUGAAGGGGCAGUGGACCUGUUGGAUAAGUUAAACCACUAUCUGGAGGGCAAGCCAUGCCCCCCUCCUGUAAAGGAGUUGAGGGCCAAAGUGGAUGAGCGAGUCAGGCAACUCACUGAAGUGCUGGUCUUUGAACUUUCCCCUGAUCGAUCUCUAAGGGGUGGUCCUAAGGCCACUCGAAGAGCAGUUUCUCAGUUAAUACGACUUGGUCAAUGCACCAAGGCUUGUGAGCUGUUUUUGAGAAAUAGGGCAGCAGCUGUACACACUGCAAUUCGGCAGCUUCGAAUUGAAGGUGCCACUUUACUCUAUAUUCAUAAGUUAUGCCAUGUCUUUUUCACCAGUCUUCUUGAGACUGCUAGGGAGUUUGAGACUGAUUUUGCAGGCACAAACAGUGGUUGUUACUCUGCCUUUAUUGUUUGGGCCCGUUCAGCCAUGGGCAUGUUUGUGGAUGCUUUUAGCAAACAGGUGUUUGACAGCAAAGAGAGCCUGUCUACAGCAGCUGAGUGUGUAAAGGUGGCUAAGGAACAUUGCCAGCAGUUGGGUGAUAUUGGGUUGGACCUUACUUUCAUCAUCCAUGCUCUCUUGGUAAAGGACAUCCAAGGAGCUUUGCACAGUUAUAAAGAAAUCAUAAUUGAGGCCACUAAGCACCGCAACUCUGAGGAAAUGUGGAGGAAGAUGAACCUGAUGACUCCAGAGGCACUGGGGAAACUCAAAGAAGAGAUGAAAAGCUGUGGGGUGAGCAAUUUUGAACAGUACACAGGGGAUGACUGCUGGGUGAACCUAAGCUACACAGUAGUGGCCUUCACUAAACAGACUAUGGGCUUCUUGGAAGAAGCUCUGAAGCUGUAUUUUCCAGAGCUGCAUAUGGUGCUUUUAGAAAGUCUGGUGGAAAUAAUUUUGGUUGCAGUUCAACAUGUGGAUUACAGCCUCAGAUGUGAACAGGACCCAGAAAAGAAAGCUUUUAUCAGACAGAAUGCAUCCUUUCUAUAUGAAACAGUCCUUCCUGUGGUGGAGAAAAGGUUUGAACAAGGUGUAGGGAAACCUGCCAAGCAACUCCAAGACUUGAGGAAUGCAUCUAGACUUAUUCGAGUAAAUCCUGAAAGUACAACAUCAGUGGUCUAAUUCAUAGCACUUGUAUUUUUUCCCCAGAGAGGUCUGUUAAUCUAUAUACAGCAUUACUAGUAUAUUAUUUAUAUAACACAUUAAAAUCUUCUUUAUAUCCUUGAACAUAGUUUAAAAAAUAAAAAUGAAAAUGGUCAUCUCAUAGAGUUCAAGAUCAGAAUGUGAAGGAGAAUGAAAAAAAUCGUUAAAAUUUAUCAAAAGUGCAAAACUCUUAAUAUCAUUUGAACUUAUCUAAUAUAUUCUUUAAUUAUCCCAAUUCCUUACAGAUUGUCGGACAUGCCACAGUACUAUACUUCAUGAUCUAUGGGCCAGAUCCCACUUUUUGUAUUAUUAAUAGUAUGUAUUUAUGCAGCACCAAGAAUGAUCACAUCUGUAAUUACAUGCAAAUCAAACAGAUCAACACUUUAUUUCCAAGUUCUGUAGGUCACUGGAUCACCAAAAGAAUUUUCUGGGUAUUUUCAAAGGUAUAGUGCCAUAUAAAACAACUCUUAACCUAAUAUGCAUCCCUUUAAAAAAAAUGUGAUUUAGCUAUGUGCAUAGAGUCAAAAAUAUUAGCAGACAAAAAUGUUCAAGAAGACAGUAUAGUCAGAAACUGAGAAUAUGCCAAUCACUAGUAUAUUAGAAGGAAAAGCAUUAAUAAAAAUAAAUGGUGCAGUUAAUUUUGCUAGCACAAUUUGAAUAAACUUAAUUGCAUUUAUCUGGUUACUACCUUUUUAAAAACAUGCUUUGGAAACAAAAUGCUUGAAAA